UUCUGGGACUGACGCCGAUAAUGAGCCGAAGUAUACAGGCACAUGGCCACAUUUUGAGGCCAUGUCUUUUUUAAGAGUAGUUCUGAAACCCCGACAAACAGAAGGGAAUAUUAUAUCACAAGACAUGAACGCAUCUGACAAUGACAACACCCAGCUCCCGGAAUCUGCGUCUAUUUUAGAAGAAAUACCACAGAAAAUGUCUAUAGAUAACAACCUACAACAAGAUCCUCCACCUUCACCUUCGUUGCCAGGUCCUUCGCCUUUAUUCUCGUUGCCAGUACCUUCCUCUUCGUCCUCGUUGCCAGCUAUCACAAGGCAAACACGCAAAAGAAAAGGUAUAAGUCUCGAAGCAUUUCUCGAUAUUGAGAGAGAAAAAAUGAAAAUUCUUCGCGAAGAUCAACCAGAUAAUACUGACGACGACCUUCUUUGGUUCAAAUCAAUAUUACCUUACAUGAAACAGUUGCCAUCACUCAACAAAUUACAUUUUAGAACGCAGAUGCAAGAGUUUCUUCUAAGAGAGCUGUCAAAGUUAAACCCACCACAUUCCAGUGCUCAACAAAAUGGCUAUUACACAUCUUUCUGUCAAUUCGGCAUUCCCGAUGAUGGCUCAGAAGACAGAUUUGAGUCUGAUGAGGCAGAAGAGUUCAACGUGAAUACAAUACAACGGUUGCUUGAAUCAGAUGAUGUUUCAAGUAACCUUUUACAAAAUUCUCCUGCUCAUUUGAUUUCUACCCCUAAUAAUAGUUCAGAGUCAGGUACAUCUACAAUAGCACUAUGUUCACAAUUAGAUAACUUGCAGCCAGAAGAGCCUUUGAUAGUGCAAUCAUCAUCACCCUUAGAACAAGAAUUGACUGAUGAAUCAGAUUGUGAAGAUGAGUCAUGGGGGAAGGAUUUCUGGACAUCCAGGCCAGAUCUCGAUGAAUUUGAUAAGGCAAAACAGUACAAGGAACAGAAGAGGGUCUAG